GCUCACGUGGUGCCAUGACAGGAAUAAAACACGGCGGACGACCGCUUCACAAUCACACACCUUGUUUAUCAGAGACACACUGUAUCAGAGUGGGAACCUGGAGCUGAAGAUUCACUGAAGUUAACACCUAAAAGCUGACACAAGAGAUACAGAAUGUGGCAUGCAGCCUUCCUGUUAUUGGCUGCCAGCUUGUCGGUGAGCCUGGCCAGACCCCACCUCAAACCGCUGUCCAGUGACAUGAUCAACUACAUAAACAAAAUCAACACUACCUGGAAGGCUGGUCACAACUUCCAUAAUGUGGACUAUAGUUAUAUCCAGACACUCUGCGGUACAAUGCUAAAGGGACCUAAAUUGCUAGUUAUGGUUCAGUAUGCUGGAAAUGUAAAGCUGCCCAAAAGUUUUGACUCCAGAGAGCAGUGGCCCAACUGUCCCACAAUCCAGGAGAUCAGAGACCAGGGCUCCUGUGGCUCCUGCUGGGCCUUUGGUGCUGCAGAGGCCAUAUCAGACCGUGUGUGUAUCCACAGCAAUGCCAAGGUCAGUGUGGAAAUCUCCUCAGAGGAUCUGCUGACCUGCUGCGAGAGCUGUGGCAUGGGAUGCAAUGGUGGCUACCCUUCAGCUGCCUGGGACUUCUGGACUAAAGCAGGCUUGGUCUCUGGAGGACUUUAUGAGUCCCACAUUGGUUGUCGCCCUUACACCAUCGAGCCCUGUGAGCACCAUGUGAAUGGAAGCAGACCGUCCUGCACUGGAGAGGGUGGAGACACCCCACAGUGCAUCAAAAAGUGUGAACCAGGAUACAGCCCCAGCUACAAAGAGGACAAGCACUAUGGUAAAUCAUCUUACAGCGUGAUGUCUGAUGAAGAGCAGAUCAAGUAUGAGAUCUCCAAGAACGGCCCAGUAGAGGGAGCCUUCACCGUCUAUGAAGACUUUGUGCUUUACAAGUCUGGUGUGUAUCAGCAUGUAUCUGGGUCUCCUGUUGGUGGUCACGCCAUCAAAAUUCUGGGCUGGGGGGAGGAAGAUGGUGUCCCCUACUGGCUCUGUGCAAACUCCUGGAACACUGACUGGGGUGAUAACGGAUUCUUUAAAUUCCUACGUGGAUCAGAUCACUGUGGUAUUGAGUCUGAGAUUGUAGCAGGGAUCCCCAAAUAAGUGCCAAGGUUUUUCAGCUUGAAGGUCUAUUACCUAACCACCAGAGGACGACACACUCCACUUGCCUAGACUGGACUCGGGCUGCCCUCAGCUCCCUUCAGCCACUGUAGUUGCAGCUCAGCAGUCAACUUUCACACACACUAUACACAGCAUGUCCUUUUCUCAAGCAAUUGAAGAGCAAGUUUAAUGGCAGAGUAUGACAGCAGUUAUUUGUCUGCACAUAUAUCAUUGUAGCUGGAUUACGGUGUUUUUUCUGAAUGAGCUUUGAAACGGUCUUAUUCUUCACAUCUUAAAGCAUGGUCAGUUAAAAAAAUGCCCUAGAGAAAGAUCUAUUUUUAACUCUUGUUUGUGAUCUUUUUUGUUUGAUAAUGUUCUAUCUCAGAUCAUGUGAGGAAGACUGACUUGGCUGCUUUCCCCCGUUUUCACAUGUUUUUUCUGCACUAGUCAAAGUAAUAGUAAUCUUUGAGCAAAAUAGGUCUUAAUUGUAAUAAACACAAGACUCCACCUAAUGCAGCCGAGGUUAGUAAUUUUUAAAUUGCUCUUAUUGUAAAGCUUUAUGCUUUUUUUUUCAUCCACUUUGUUUCAUGCCACAAAUACCACUUUGUAAAGUUUAAAUGUGAAAUCAUUAAUUGGUGCCUAUUAGUGUUUCAAACUUAGUUUUUUUUAUAUGGUUGAAAUGGAAUGUUUUUAUUUUACUGCCUAUCUUCAAUAAAACAAUAAUUGGUCCCAAA